UAGUCAUCAAUAAGGCCCCAACCAGUGCAACAAAAGUUGCUGAUGUAAAGCUGUGGUUGCUACAAAACAAUAUACAAUUUGAUGAAAUGAUGCGUAAACCUGAAUUGUUAAUGCUUGUAAAACGCCACAAACCAGAGGCCCUUUAUGAAAUUGACCAAAUAUUGGGGGAUCAUGGUCACACUGUGGUACGGCUGCCUCCAUAUCAUUGUGACCUCAAUCCUAUUGAAUUGAUAUGGGGAGUUGCAAAACAUAAAAUUGCCUCUGUCAAUGUAGGGUCCAUUGACAUAAAGAUGGCAGCUGAACAAGCAUGCCAAGCGAUUACUGCCGAAGAUUGGAAAAAUUCAUGCCAACAUGUUAUUAAAAUUGAAAACGAGUAUUAUGAAAGGGGUAUGACUAUGUAUGACGACAUUGAAAAAUUGGUUAUUAACGUCAGAGAUGAGAGCAGUAGCGAGACCACUUCAGAUUCAUGUGAUUCAGAUGAGUUUGUUGUUGCCGGAACGUCUAGCCAAGAUACAAUAGAGUUUUCUGGGGUGGAAUAUCUCGAUGAAAAUGUUUUGGAAUCUGAUUGAUUUAAAAUUAAAAAAAAA